GCGAAUCAGUUGCGCUUUUGCGUUCCAGCCAGCCGAGCUCACGGACGCGCGAGGAGAGCCGCCGCUCGCACGGGCUGAGGGCUGUAUUCCGACACCCCACUGCAGAGGUUUUACUUUUAUAAGUUGGCUUUUUUUUUCAUUUUGUUUCUUCAGAAAGACUGAUCUCUCCUUUACGCAAUGGAGAAGAUGUCUCGACCUCUUCCUAUAAACCAAACUUUCCUACCUCCGACCCACGGCGUCCUGAAAUCCCUGCUGGAGAACCCCAUGAAGCUGCCCUUUCACCACGAUGAAGGGUUUGGGAAAAACAAAGAGAAGGAGAAGAAGUUGGAAGAGGACGUAAAUGCUUUCAGUGCCCCUCAGUCCGCCUUCUUGGGGCCAACGCUGUGGGACAAGACCCUGCCGUACGAUGGGGACAACUUCCAGCUAGAGUGUAUGGACUUAGAGGAGUUUCUGUUGGAGAACAAUAUUCCUGCCAACCCUGGGAGCGAGCAGAGCCAGCCUUCCCAGCAGCCCCUGCAGCAGCAGCCCCCCUCCGCCCCGCCUACACCUUCAGUGGUGGAUCUCAGUAACCGGACGGCCACAUCUGUUCACUCCGGGAUCGUGAGCCAGAACUGCCUCCAGAGUCCCAGCAGAGCAGUUCUCCCUUCACGUGAUACGCCCAGUCCAAUAGAUCCGGACUCCAUCCAGGUUCCGAUCGGGUACGAGCCCGACCCUGCUGACCUUGCCCUCUCCAGUGUCCCGGGACAGGAAAUCUUCGACCCCCGCAAAUGCAAAUUCUCAGCAGAGGAGCUGAAGCCACAGCCCAUGAUCAAGAAAGCACGCAAGGUCUUCAUUCCAGAGGACUUGAAGGAUGACCGAUAUUGGGUACGGCGCAAAAAGAACAACAUCGCGGCCAAACGCUCCCGCGAUGCUCGCCGGCUAAAAGAGAACCAGAUCGCCAUCCGCGCGGGAUUCCUGGAGAAAGAGAACACGGUGCUCCGACAGGAAGUAGCCGACCUGCGGAAGGAACUCGGCCGCUGUAAGAACGUUCUGGCCAAAUACGAGGCACGGCACGGCCCUCUGUGAGCCCCUCCCACCUCCACAAACCCCGCCCACCUCAACAAACGGGACUUCUGCAGCACCUCUUCAAGAGGCGGCGAAUUCUCUCUCUUUUUUCACGUUUCUCUUUACACUUUUCUAUUUACAAACCCAGUUUGUUCAUAAAAAAAAAAUCCUUUUGUGUAGUUUCGCACAUUCACUUUUCUCUCUUUCCUUUUAUUUGUUUCGUUCGUCCGUGUAUUCCUUCACCAACGAUGGAUCGUUUGUCUGGAAAUGGGUUUCUAUUGAGUGUUUUGUACAUCUGUAACACGGACUGAUAAAUAUUUUCCUUGCCUCACACCCUCCUGUCUGUCAAUCAUCCACUCGUCCUGCCCCCUCUUCUCAGAAGCCCCGCCCACUUCCUGUUGCUAGAGCUUCUUUAUAAUGUGCAUAUUAAUGUAUUUUAGUUGAAUAGCUGUAACGCAGCGACACCUUUCGUUCUGUGAAGUGUGUAUAACACUAGCUAGCAUCAGAACAUGAUGUUUGUUUCAUUCUUUUCCUAGUCUGUGAGUUUUUGUCUGUUUUAUUUCAUCAUUAAUUUUAAACCAACACCAGCGUAGUUUUUUGCGUCUUUCCUGCAUUGUCCAAGGAGCAAUAAGCCUGAAACUCCUCAGAGGGCAAAACACAUGAAAUGUAAGCUAAAGUUUCUGCAAAGCCUGUGCAUAGCACCAUCAUUUCUGCUGUAGUGUGGAAACUUUCCCUCCAGAAAUGCUGAAUCUAUAUUUGUCUGUUUCUCUGCCUGCACUAAUGCUUGUUUCACAAUCUGAUCUGGGGCAAUGUUUCUACCUACACUAUAGUCUGCCUGAUAUAUUUAUGGACUUUCUUUUCUCUUUUUCUCUCUUUUUUUUUUUUUUAAUGGAAGAUUUUUUUUUCAAAUAUAUUCAGCUGUUAAUAACUAAUAUUGUUAUAGCUGUUCGUAUUGUCAUGGCUGUAUAGUAAUUUUUCCUGAUUGUUAAUUGUUUUAUUGGAUAUUUCAGCAUGAAAAUUGUUUUAAAGUUCCAGCCUAAAGCUAAUUGUAAAUGGG